AUGCUAAACAGUCCUGCGCUCAAUCAUGCUAAAGUAUUACUGCACCUUAAGUGGUUCAUAAACCGUUUAGCGAAAUCUUUUGAACAUAAGCUACAAACCUCUGGUACUCUCGGUCUUCAUCCAUCGUCGGAAAGACAUAUCUCAAAUUCUCCUCUUGCAUCUCAGAGUAACCUUCGAUCGUUAAACUCACCAGGGAGGUCACCCAUCGCUGCAAAAUCAUUAGCCGGAAAUCUUAAGAAUAGAAGCCUCAGCACAGACGGCGAUCGGCUAUCCUUAAGCGGUAAAACUCCGGACUUUGAAUGUGGUGUGCAUCGACGGAGCAAAAUGCUCCCAAGAUUGGUUAAUCAAAACCGUUCCCCAAAAGUACGUUCCUUAACCAAUUCCCCUUUCAUGAUGCGCAUCUCAUUGACUCGCAUUUUGUCAGGUAAACGGAUUCCACUAUCAGAAUGUUCUGAGUCAAAUUCGGACUUGGGAGAGGGAUCUCAGUCGGAGUUUCCUCAGCUGCAUUUCCCCGAUUUUUCAGAUGAGUCUUUGUCUGGGUUGGAUGUAAAAGAUCUUCCCUUUUCCCCAUUUCACGACAUUGAACAAUUUCGAAUUUUAUUAAUCCUUAGAAGCACCACUGAGUCUGAGCGUAGGAUCAGCAUUUCAAGAUUUGCCCAGCACUUGUGUGUUGUUUAUGAGUAUCAGAUAGGAUUUCUUCAAGGGUUGAAAGCGGUUCAUAGUGCUGCAGACUACGUUGCAGACGUCCUUAUACGAUCAAUCCGAACCGGACGCAUAUCUUCCCUCUCGCCAAACGAGCUUACACUGCAGCUUCUUUAUGAUACUAGCUGUAAGCCGUCCUCUCAAACAAAAUGUAUUAAAACCUCACCCAUGACUGGCACUGGUGAGCAGCUUUCUUGGCGACUUGGCGAAAUUUGGACCCGACCUGGACUUCGACAUAACGAAGUAGGUGGUGAAAAUUGUCAUAACUUGAAUAUUGUGACACAUUUCUUGGCACCAUGUUCUGCUGAAUUGGAAAUCAAGCGCCCUGAUAUCUACGGCUACCGCAAUCUUAUUGUUCUCCCCAAUGCAGAGCCGUCUACCUUUUUUCCAGAUGGUGUGUAUGAAAACACGAAUUUGAAUGACGCCACUAUCUUCGCGAAUGGUAAUAGUGAAAUAGGAGUCAGGCCUGUUUUUUACGACAUUUUCUUACCCGAUGAAGAAACAAUUGCUGUAAGUAACAUAAGAACUGGUUCUCGAGUGCGCUCGCCUCUUUCGAAAGUUCAAAAAAUAGAGCAAUCGCCAAGUUCUUUGGUUCAACGAAGAGAUGUCGCUAAACGUCAGCAAAGUAUAAAAUCCAAAUCACCACUCCUUAGCACAUCUGUGAAUCUUAGGCAGCAUCUUCACAGAGCUUAUCGGCCUGUUUUCUUCGUAAUUUAUGAGCGACCGAGUGUGAUUGAUCAUCUAACUGAGUGUGAGUCAUUUGCAGCUUUUUGCAAACGUCAAAAUAUUUGUCCGGUGAUGUUUCUCAACCAAGAAACUGACUUGUUUGAGGGACGCACCUGUGCAAAUUUAUUCCAAAACUUUGAUAUUUUUUGUCUCACUACGAAUGGUUACUUGUCAAAAACUUUAUCUGAUGGGCCCUCUGAUCGCUCAACCACCCAAAAAUCAACUCGGGAAGAAAAUCGUUUGCGUCGGACUGCUGAUGUGUGCCUUGGUGGGAUUGAUAAUCCUGGCUUUGUUUCAUAA